AGGCUAGCUCUCUUACUCCAAUCCUGCCUUCCUUCCUCAUUGAGCCCAUCACCUGCCCUGCUCACCAUUAGUCCAAUCCACCCAGAAAAAGGAUGGCCAUGAGUCUCUUAUGGAUGGGGCUUGCCCUGCUUGGAAUACUGCAGGCCCAGGCCCAGACCAGGCCCCAGAUCCCUGCCCCAAACCUGUCCAGAGUCCCUCUGCAGGUUAACUUCCUACCAAACGAGUUUCAAGGGACGUGGUACGUCGUUGGCCUGGCAGGGAACGCCUUCACAAAGGCAGAAGAGGCACAAUCUAAGAUGUAUACCACAGCCUACAAACUACAAGAAGACAAUAGCUACAGGGUCACCUCCACCUUGCUCAGGGGUAAUCGAUGUGACAAGUUUGUGAGGACUUUUGUUCCGAAGGGUCAGCCGGGCCAGUUCACCUUGGGCGACUUCAGAAAAUAUGGAUUGCAGGAUUACACAGUGAGAGUGAUGAGAACCAACUACAAUGAGUAUGCCAUGGUGUACUUUAAGAAGACUUCAGAUAACACUGACUACUUCAAGAUCACCCUGUAUGGAAGAAGUGAGGAGCUGAGACCUCAAUUGAAAGAAAACUUCAAAAACGUAGUCAAGUCAUUGGGACUCACUGAUAACAACAUUCUCUUCCCAGCAAAAACCGAAGAGUGCAUCCAUGAUGGGCCCGGAGGGAGACGUGCAAGCCCUGAAAACAGUUCACCUUCCCAACCCUGAUGUUUGGACAUUCUGAGAUGUGCAUCCUGGCCACCCCAUCCCCCACAGGUGUGGCUUCUACUUUAAUCACCUCUCAACAAACAACUGGAGGCACCUGACCACAGAUGUUGACUAUCUUUUCAGCCACAACCACCUUUCCCUCUACUUCCAGCCUCUGAUUGGUUCCACAACCUGAGAUUUCCCUUACUCAUUCCCUGUUUCAAUUGGUAAUGGUGGAAGAAUAAACAAUGUCAAGUACCAA